GAAAAUCGAAGAGGGGGGGAGAGAAGAGUUAAAAGGGGAGACAACUCUUGACUGUUUGAUAGUGUUUUUAUAGUUCAACUUGACGGCGUUUGUUUGCAGGGGAUUUCAAUCAGAUCCAGACACCAAUUAGUGAAGAUUUAUGACAACGGCAAUACAAACAUUGAAACAACACCCUGAGCUUGACAGGAAAUACGUCACAACUGUGUCACGACCUUGGCACGACCUUGAGAUCUACUCCCACAAACCAAUCGCAUGAUAGUUUUUUUUUUCCUAAACAAGAAGCCAAUCAAGACAGAGAGCGAGGGAGAAAAAAAAACCCACCAAGAACAACAACUCCAAAUUUGCACCUGAAGUUGUCGUUCCUGAUUUUUUAUUAUUAUUGCCCUUCUCACCUCUUAGCAACGCCGCGUCAUUAACCACGAUGCUCUCCCUUCCAAAGCCGUGGCGUUUACUGCAGUUGUAAAGAUGCCAUUCUCUUCCAAGUUCGGCGUCAUGCCCGCCACCUCCGGACCGCCCCCGCUUCGCUCCCCCAUCCAGCGCCGCCUACCCCCUCUCAAGCAACAGACUCAGCCGGCCAACAACUCCUACCACAACGUUCCAUCCAGCAGCCACAGCAUCCUCCCGCCCGGCAGCUUUGCCAUCACCAAUGGCAACGCUCUCGUGGUCAGCGGCGUCAUGACGGAAAAACCCUCUCCAACCGGAAACCACGGCCGGAACGGGUUGGCGUAUACCAACGGGGUGAAAACCAACAACGGCUCCCCGUACCCGUUGAACAAUGGGGUGGCCAACACCCUGGGGUACCUCAGUAUCACCCCAGUGCCCGCCGCCCAUACAGCGGCGUCGCCUAUUGACACAACCUCGACAGUGUCGGUGUCACGUCUAGUGGGGAGGCGACCCUCUCCCAUGGGACGUAACAAAAACAAAACCUUGAGCAAGCCGGGACUACAGGGUGUAACGACCGAUACGGCAUCCACAGACUUAUCCCCAGAGCUUGUGACACAAUACCUCAGACAGAACCCGGAUGUGCUUGACCAGUACAUCUCCAACCACGUGACCACAGAUCGAAUCGAGCGAUGGCUCCAGGUGCGGCCUAUGCAGUCCAUCUCUCACGCGCUGAACUCGCUCACCAGUACGGCUGUCAACGGGGGACACACGGGUCAUGAUUUAGAAAAAAGUCCGUUGUCCAAAUGGAAAAUCAGACUCCAGACGAGUAAAGGGCGGGUCCUGCAAGAGUUGUCCAAAGAAUUCCAUCACACAAAUGGAAGAGUUAUGGUUCUUUUGGAGCUGGCCGCUUGUGUGGCUUCAGCAAUCGGCUCAGAUACCUACACUUUGUACUCGUGUGACCCGGAUAGAAAAGAGAUCUCACGGCUGUCUCGAACUGAAAACGGUGACGUAACGAUAGGCGCCAAAGAAAAAUUGUCCUUGGGGUACUCAGCGGCUGCGACAGUGGCGCUGUCUAAAGAACCGACACGUCUACAUCGUCUGCAAGGGGAUGCCAGUUACCCUGAAGGGCUGUCGGUCACUGACAAGACCGCGGAGUGUGCUAUGGUGCUGCCGAUUUUAAACGAGGCGGAAACGUGCUUUGGUGUGGUAGAGUUUUACAGGCAGACGGCAGGGAGCCAGUUCACAGAAGAAGAGGAGGAGGUGGCUACUCUAAUGUUUCAAUGGUACGAUAUGCUGGUGGAUUAUGUCGAGACACACAGUGUUAUGAUUCGACAAAGAAAACUCAGUGAUUUUUUGCUUGAAGUUACCAAAUCGGUUUUUCAAGAUAUUGUUAGUAUGGAUGUUGUUAUUAUGAAGAUUAUGAAUUUCGGCAAAGCUUUGGUGGACGCAGAUAGGGCGUCCCUGUUUCUUUUGGACACGAGGUCCAACGAAAUCUACGCCCGAAUCUUCGACAACGGUUACUCCAUGGACAGCCCGGACACCCCCGGGUCGCCUCCCCCCGGGGCUGAAACAAACCCCCAGGGGCCGGACGACCAAGAGGAGAGCGCGGAGGAGAAACAGUUAAGGAAGAGAUACACGUGGCAACCCCAGGACAUCAGAUUUCCCAUGGAGAAGGGUGUGGCCGGGUAUGUGGCGAGUACGGGUAAAAUACUCAACAUCAAGGACGCCUAUAAGGACCCUCGGUUCAACCCUGAUGUGGAUAUCAGGACAGGGUACAAGACCAAGACGAUACUGUGUAUGCCCAUCUUCAUCAGAGGAGUGGUGAUUGGCGUUGUACAGAUGGUCAACAAACGUAACGGGACAUUUACCAAAUCGGACGAGCAGGCCUUUGAGACGUUCGCCAUUUACUGCGGUCUAGCGUUACAUCAUGCUAAACUGUAUGAAAAAAUCCGAAGAUCCGAACAGAAAUACAAGGUGGCGCUGGACGUGUUAUCCUACCACAGUCAGGCCACGCCAGAGGAAGUUGCCAACCUUAAGGCCAAACCAAUCCCAGCGGUCAUACGGAACAUAACAAAGUACGAAUUCUCCCCAUGGGCAGUGACUGACGACGAAAAACCAUUACACUGUUUGUACAUGUUCAGAAUACUGUUUGCAGACAUCAAGUUCGACCUUGAAGACCUGAUGCGUUUCACCCUGACAGUGAAGAAGAACUACCGCCACGUCCCGUACCACAACUGGCACCACGCCUUCUCCGUGGCCCACUCCAUGUUCACAGUCUUGCAGACAACACAGCACAAGCUGGCACCGGUAGAGUGUAUCGGCUUGUUUGUGUCCUGCCUGUGUCAUGACCUCGACCAUCGAGGCAAGACGAACCAGUUCAUGGUCCAGAGUUGCUCACCGCUGGCGGCAGUCUAUAGCACCAGCACCAUGGAGCACCACCACUUCAACCAAACCGUGACCAUCUUACAGAACGAAGGCCACAACAUUUUUAAAUACCUCAGCUCAGACGAAUACAAAAAAGUGUUAGGAGACAUCAAACAGAGUAUCCUAGCAACCGAUCUGGCCAUGUUCUUCAAAAAUAAAGUCAUCCUUGCUAAUAUUUUAAAAACAGAACCUUUCAACUGGGACACUAUGCAUCACAGGUCAGUUCUGACAGCUGUAGCAAUGACAGCCUGUGACCUUUGUGCCAUGUUCAAACCCUGGGAUGUGCAGCUGAGCCUGGUCUACAUAAUCAUGGAGGAGUUUUGGCAGCAGGGUGAUGAAGAAAAGAAAAGGGGAAUUACUCCUAUGCAAAUGAUGGACAGAGAUAAGAAAGAAGAAUUGCCAAAACUAGAGGUUGGAUUCAUCCAAUCCAUCUGUAUACCGUGUUACGAGCUGAUGAAAAAUGUGCUACCUGAAACCAAGCCAAUGUUGGAUGGAUCCAUCAAAAACAUGAAGCGCUGGCAGGAAUUAUGUGACCAGCAGCUGAAACAGGCAGGCACCAAUGUGUGAGAAUGGGUACAAACCUACAGGAACUAGUUCCAUUGGAAGACAGACAACACCCAUCUAAAGACAACAUUCACCUAAAGAAGACAACCACUUCAAGACAAUUUUCUACAGCUCUCUUUGUUCAAGCUAUGACUGGUUGGAUCCCACUGAACUACCUUUAGACCUAGUUGGCUCGUUAUUACAGUCGAAACAUCAUCUACAUCAUUUAAUUGUUUCAAAUUUUGGUCGUAUUUUAUCAAACAUUUAAACCUUUGAUAUCAGUGUACUAAAAUACUACACUAUACAAUUUGUAUUAAUUUUAAUGAAUAAAUUAAUUUUAAAAAUUUGAAAAUUACAUCCAAGUUGAAAAAAACAAUUCAGGGGAGGUAAUGUUUGAUAUUUUGAAAUUUUGAAUUUUGUCUUGAUUAUUGUGGAUGUAAAACUGACCAAACUAGUGAUGAAUGUACCCACAGUAAAAGCAUUUCCCUUAUCGAAACCAAGAUCUGGGACAAUAAAACUUAACUGUAUUCCAUAAUUAUAAUGAGUUGUUUAACAAAUUUCAACUUAUGUUACACUUGGAAGAAUAGAAUUGAUUGUUUUAUAAAAAAUAUCAUAUGUGAUAUUCUAUUCUGGAAUUAUUUUUUAAUAUAUAGUAUGUUAAGUAAUAUUCUGGUUUGAUUUUUGUUCUACUAAAUUUUAAUUUUUAAAACCUAAGUGAAUUCUUUACUCUAAAAAUGAAUAAAUCUAAAUCUACCAGUGUCAACUUUCUUCUUAGUUUUGAAAGCUACAUACCUUAUCUUUUGAGACGAACAUGUUAAAAAAUGUAAUAUUAGGCUGGGAAUAUUGAUGCAGUUUUUGUUUGACUUUGUGAGGGGUUAGGGGUUUGAUGAAGUUUUUGUUUAACUUUGAUCUCUCUGAUUGUUUCCCCUGAACUUUGUAAUAUAAUUUUAGCUAAUUGCUUGUGUGAGAUAUUGAUAUUGAUUAUGUACUAAUCCAGUCACAGUUUAAACAAAAUGA